UAGCUACGCUUCCUACUUGACAACUACACAUUAUUGAUAUACAUUUUAUAUACAUGGCUCACAAUGACUUCUCAAUUAAAUCAUCAUCAUUUUCUAUCCACAACUUAACCUAACUUCAUUAUUUUUAUUCAUACCAAACACCCCCUUUUCAAUAUAUUCACAAUUUUCUUUUGAUCUUGUCAUUGGCCAUGAGGCCAAGAAUGUUAUUUCCAACUUCAAACCAAACUACAAAUUGCCAUAAUAUUUGUGACUCAACAUGUCCUUAUGGUUGCUAUCCAUACCCUAAUAUAAACUUUUACAUCCCACCACCACCACCAACAAUCGAAUCGAACAACAAAGUUGUUCAGAACAUUUUACCUUAUAUUAUUAUAUCCAUCGCGUUAUUUGUUAGCUUGUUCCUACUCCUUACCUACUACAUAAUCAUUGUAAGAAAUUGCUCGAAUUGGAAUCGUAGAAGAACGAGAGGAGAAGGCGAUAACGAUGAGUCGAUUAUUCAUCAUCCAAUUUGGUACAUCGAUACUAUAGGGAUUGAAGUUUCUUUUGUCAAUUUGAUCACAAUUUUCAAGUACAAAACAGGGGAUGGUUUAGUUGAUGGAACAGAGUGCGCUGUUUGUUUGAAUGAAUUUCAAGAUGACGAAUCACUUAAGUUGUUACCUAAAUGUAAUCAUGCAUUUCACAUCGAUUGUAUCGAUACGUGGCUUAGAUCACACGUUAAUUGCCCAUUGUGUCGUGCUCCAAUCAUCUCCAACACUGUUGCUGCACCCGUGGGAUCAUCAAUAAUCGCUCCCAUAUCGAGUACUAAUGAUGAUAUUGGUUCAAUUGUAGAAACGAACAACAACAGUGAGGCUAGAGAAGGGGAAUUUCAAGAAAACACGAAUGUAGAGAACGAUGAUAACGAUGAUGAUGAUGAAACAUCGAAAAAAGAGGAUGAAAUAUUACAAAAAAUGCGAAGGUCCGUAUCUAUGGGUUCUUCAAUUGCUACAAAAAAGUGUGUUGAGACAAAAACAAAUGAGGGAACAAGUUCAAAUUCAAGAAUCCAAAGGGUUAUGGACAGUGCUUCUUCAAUGAAAAGAUCAUUUUCUUAUGGUGGGAGGUCCUUUUUUCCGAAAAGCAAGAGAAACGAGGCUCUAAUAUGAAAUCCGAACAAACUAAAAAAAGAAAAGAAAAAAAGAUGAGAGACAUGGGCUUUAUUGUAAUUGAUGCAAGGACUAAAGUCUUACUGAGACUUGCACUUUGUUGUAUAUGUAUGAGAAAAAGUUUAGUUUAUAAAUUAAAUAUUUUGUGGCUAUAUACAUCGUUGUAAAAGUGGUAUGUAUAUAACCUUCUCGAUUAACAAAUAAAGUACAUAUAUGUUUAUCAUCUAAAAAAUGAGGCAUAUUUACUUUUUCGU